AUGGGCAACUCCCAAUCGAGCCAAGCCAAAGACGAGACACGCCGCUCCAACCGCCUUUCAAAGCCCCUGACCAAGAAGUUCACCCUUCAAAGCUCCCAACUGCCUGAAACAGACCCUGCAACGUUCAGUUCAGGGUUAAUAGGGUGGCAAAACCCUUGGGUUGGCAAGAAUAUCCCCAGUACCCCGAUAGAAAAACGGGGCAGUUACCCCAAGAAAGCAGAUAUCCCACCUACCCUUUUUGAAACAGAGUCGUCCGAAGAGACCUCGACAGAGGAUCGAGCCAUUGUAUAUGAGCAGAGUACCACGCAGCGUCAUCCAACCCGCCCAAGCCUGCAGGCCUCUUCGAGAAGAACAUCGUACCAGUCGGAAACUUGGGAAUCAGCUUCGCAGCCCUCACCUCUUCACGAGCAACCGCCAAGACGGGCCAGUUCGACCCGAAUUCCCCUACAGAGGCACAACAGCGCCGUCUAUGAAAAGCACAUCGGGGAUGCGACAUCUUCCAACACCCACUUCUUGGUUGGCAACCAACGGUUCUCAUUAACGCGUCGACGAUCGCUCCUGACGCGACCUGGGGUUGCCACGAGACGAACAGGUACAGUUCGACGCGUCCCAUCGCCCAUUGGGGAGCCUGAAUGUCCGAUCGAGGAUCCGACGGAGUCCACCGUGUUGCAAUGGCCGUUGCCUUCGGCCCAGCGUCCGCUGCGUAUGCCUUCCCCACCGCGGCCGAGGAGUCCAAUGGAUACGCGAUAUACCCAGCUCGGGGCACUCAAACUAGGGUCUUUGCGAGUCGUAAAUGGCUCGGCCUCUCCAUGUCCGAGCGAACGCAUUCCUUUUAAUGGGCCUUGCGAUCCAGGUCCUGGGCUUGGUCUUGAGAACAUCGAAGUCACACCUAGCAGGGGCUCGACGUUGGAUAUUCCAUCUUUGCCCGACUUGAAGAAAUCGGACGAUGUUCCGGGCAGUCCAUUCUCUUUCGAAAAGUCUCCCACUAUCACAGUCCAGCCUCGGGCAAAAUCAUUGUUUCCUGGGGAGCCAGAAGAUGAAGGGAUUGUCCUCUGCGAUGAUACGAGAAUCCAGUUGGAGAAAGGCGCCCUGGACACUGGUCUUACCCGGAGCACAUCUCAAUCCCUCAACAAGUCCGACAGUGGCUAUAGCUCUGCCACCUCAAUCCACUCCAUACAGCGAAGCCGCACUCAGAGCUCUGCUACCUCACAGACGUCUAGCUCAUGUGGUACAGAUAGCUCAAAGAACAUCUGUAUCCCGAAUGGCUCGGCUUCAGGUCGACUAGGCGAUACAGUGCAGCGUCCCCUGAGCCUGCAGACAAAACCGGAGAACUACUCGAGGCUGUAUCCAGUCGCUGCUCGCUGGUACGACUCGAGCGACCUAACUCCUCUCGCUCCAUCGCGAUCGCGUCGGUCAACGUUGUGUGCGCCCCGAUACACAGAAUAUCCUUGGGCGCACGAAUCCCCCGAAGUCAAGUCCACUGCUCUGACCUCUGUUCCACACCAGGGCCAAGGCUUUACCAGGGGACCUCUCUAUGGAGAUCGAUUGUCCUUGGCCUCGUUUGAUCUUGCGUCUACUCCAGGGUCUGCCACAACUGGGGAAUCACACCUCAACUACCAACAGCCAACUACUGAAACCAAGGAGCGACUUCGCAGGUCAGCCUCUGAGUAUCAAAUUCAUGAAGAGUAUAAUACACAACGACAACUCUCUCGAUCUAGAAGCCGACGGGGAAGUCGCAUCUGGAGCAUGAAACCAGGCGUUAACGCUCCCCCACUGCCCACUACCACGUCCCCAGGUUACUUGCAGGAUGACCUUGACCUUGAUGCUAAAUUAUGUUCCUCUGAGCCGGUGCGAGGCCGAUCUCGAUCCCGAAGCAAUGAAUAUCGCCGUCGGUUGACGAAGAUUCGUCCCCAGGUGGAUUUGUGCAUAAGAUGA